CACCCUUCUCACCCAUCUCAGCCUCUCCGCAGUAUGGUGCGCCCGUCUCUUUUUGCUUUGCUGGUCGUCCUCUCUCUCGCUCUUUCCACAGUAGCCCGCAAUGCACCAAGAGCCCACAAAAAGGUCUCUUCGGCUGCAAGCAAGCCCAAGUACAACGCCAACCCUAACCCGACGGAUACCUUCUGCAAGUCCUUCAUCUCCCAGUGCUACAAGACAUCCCUUUCCGGCAAAAAGGGCAAGGUUCAUGUCGUCCAUUCUUGCCACCGCAACGGAGGUAAAUACUCGCCCUCCUACUCGUUCGGCUGCAAGGCCAACGGGGUGGACAAGACCAAGGCCGUCCUCAACAAGAUCGGUGGAGGCUACACCGUCACCGUUACACAGGGAUCCACCGUCGUCGUCACGGGCACAGUGACUGACUACUCGACCAGCACACAGUCGCUGACGUCGGAAGUCGAUGUCACCACCACCCUCGACGUCACCUCCAGCGAUACGGCGACCGUCACCAACACGGCCACAGAGACAGACACCGAGACGACCACCUUGACGACCGCGAUUCCCAUCACCUACACUUCGGAGACGACGGCGACUGUCACAACCACCUCGACGAGCACUGACACGGUGACGUCAACGACCACGCAGGUGCUCGUGGGCGUGGAUCCCGUGCCCAUCGUAGAGGUUGCCAUCUCGCCGGCGGUGGCCAAGCGAAUCAACAAGGUGGCCAAGUCGAGCUUUUGCAGCGCUUUCAGCACGGGAUGCACCAGCCAAUGCAAGCGAGUCUCUUCGACACCCAAGCACGUCGUGUGCCAAGCCAAGGACUCCCUGCACUACCAACUGACGUGCUACUGCAAGAACCGCAAGGUCGAGACCCAGCAUGCGCUGGCUGCAGCGAUGAACCAAGAGCAUAUUGCCACCGUGUCCACCGUGGCCACCAGCACGACGUAUGCUACUGUCACGGCCACCACCGUCGUCCCCACCACUGUGCUGAGCACCUCCGUCCACACGCUUACCUCGACGAUCCCCGUCACGAGCACCUACACCACCUCGACCACUGUGACGAGCACGGUGACCGACACGGCAUCGACGGGCACCCCCAUGACGGUGUCCACCACUGUGUCAACAGGGACGGCUACUGUUACUGCUUCUGCGACCACGACGAGUACGGCGACGAGCACGACACAGAUCGUGUUGGCAGCCACGGGCGCAGUGCACGCAUUCAGCGCCGCCGAUGACUCCGACCAAGGCUACCUGAAGUCUCUCUCGCAGUACCCUGGUAGCGACACUUUCUACUACACGACGACUGACAGGACGGCGGCAACCACCUUCAUGGCGGUCCAGGACCCCGCCUCGGGCCUGUUCCAGCUGCAGACGACUGACGGCAGCGGCAACGUCCUCAUCGCUGAGGCGGGCUUCUCGGCUGCUACCUUUGCGUCUGGCAGUGCCGCCUACACCUGGACGUACCCAGGUGCACCCUCUCUGUGCGGUGCUGCUGGCUCGCAAGGCGCACCCGCCGCCGGAGCAGGUUCCUACGACGGCAAUACGUGCGAGACGUACGUCUUUGGCCCGCAAGCAGACGCAGAGACGCUCGCCCAGGGCGCCACAGUCGUCCUCCAGUCCGACUGGUACAACCCGUCGGCAACAUCGCCCGGACAAUACUACUGGGUUCUCGACAGCUCCGUCCAGGGGCUCUAUGGCGUUGCCGAUCCGUCCGCCUUCUACAACCAAUACCACGAGUCCUAUACCCAGGUCAACCUGCGCUUCCCCGCCUAG